CUUGUUUUUUUUUUUCCUUUUAUUGUUGUCAUUAUUAUUAAUAAGAAUGCAAGAAGUUUCGGAAUUUCCAGAUGGCUUUUUUUUUAUUCGAUGUGAAUAUCAACCUUAUGCUAUUGAUGUCUAUGGUGGCAGCAUGACGAACGAUGCCAACAUUAUCAUUUGGCCCCAAAAAAUGGUUGAUAGUAUAAAUCAGGUAAUUAAGGGGAGGAGGAAAACACCAUCUGUCAGUUUGUAUAAAGUAGAAUAUAGUAAAAAUGACUACUAUUUAUUAGUUAUGGAUGCAUGAAGAAGGA